AAGAAGACCGCAUGCAAUGGUUGUUCGGAGAUUCUUCGAAAUCACGAUCUUAAAGUCAUAUGAUUCACAGCAAAUAUAGCAACAAAUAUCUCAAUUCGCAUUUUCCAAAGCCACGAAACGUGCAUUGAGUUUGGAGCGAUAUCUGAAGUGAAGAUUGAAGACGUGAUAGAAGAUGGACGACUACUGCUAUGCUAAGAUGGCGACGUCCGCUAAAAGAGAACAUGAAAGAGAAUCAGCGCCACCAACUUCCAGCAAAUCACCAACGGAGAUAAAGACGAAAGAUGAAGACGUCCAGCAGCUGAUCGGUAAUCCAGAAGAAGUUUCCCCUCAGUUAGGGGGGAGCUCCACUUUGAAGCAGGAGACUCCACAACCACCCUGCAUUAAAAAGGAAGAGGAGGAACUCUGCAUCACUCAGGAGGGAGAGUGUCUUCUAGGACGAGAGGAAGCUGAUUACACCAAGUUUCCACUGAGUAUUCUCUCUGUGAAGACUGAAGAUGAUGAAGAGAAACCACAAGUAGACAACCUCUUAGCUCUAUCAGAUAGUGAGGCUGAAGACGAGGUUGAAGAACCUUUGAGCAGCGAUACAGACUGUGAAGGUGAUAUGAGGACUCACACUGACAACAAACACUCUGAAUGCUCUACAAAGAAGAGAGGUAAAACAUGUUUGAGCUGCUCAGUUUGUGCUGAAAGUUUUACUAAAAAGAGCAGUUUGACUAAACACAUGAGAACACACACAGGUGAAAAAACAUUCAUUUGUUCAGUUUGUGGCAAAAGCUUUUCUCGAAAUAGCAAUUUGACUCAACACAUGAGAACACACACAGGUGAAAAAACAUUUAAGUGUUCAGUUUGUGGCAAAAGCUUUUCUAUUAAGAGCAUUUUGACUCAACACAUGACAACACACACAGGUGAAAAACCCUUUAAUUGUUCAGUUUGUGGCAACAGUUUUUCUCAAAAUAGCCAUUUGACUCAACACAUGAGAACACACACAGGUGAAAAAACAUUUAAGUGUUCAGUUUGUGGCAAAAGCUUUUCUCUAAAUGGCAAUUUGACUAAACACAUGAGAACACACACAGGUGAAAAACCAUUUAGUUGUUCAGUUUGUGGCAAAAGCUAUUCUCGAAAUUAUGGUUUGACUGAACACAUGAGAACACACACAGGUGAAAAACCAUUUAGUUGUUCAGUUUGUGGCAAAAGCUUUUUUAAAAAUGGCUCUUUGACUAAACACAUGAGAACACACACGGGAGAAAAAACAUUUAAUUGUUCAGUUUGUGGCAAAAGCUUUUCUCGAAAUAGCAAUUUGACUCUACACAUGAGAACACACACAGGAGAAAAAACAUUUAAUUGUUCAGUUUGUGGCAAAAGCUAUUCUCAAAAUUAUGGUUUGACUGGCCACAUGAGAACACACACAGGUGAAAAACCAUUUAGUUGUUCAGUUUGUGGCAACAGCUUUUCUCAAAAUGGCUCUUUGACUAAACACAUGAGAACACACACAGGAGAAAAAACAUUCAACUGUUCAGUUUGUGGCAAAAGCUUUCCUCAUAACAGCUCUUUGUGGCGACACAUGAGAACACACGCUGGAGAAAAACCAUUUAGUUGUUCAGUGUGCUGUAAAAGGUUCCCACAUAAAGCAGACGCAGUAAAACACAUAAGAUCUGGAACAUCCUGGGCAGGAUCUUCACAGAUGAGGUUUCACAUCAGAUCAAUUGGAAGGGUGUCAACAACAAAAAGGCCUUUCAGCAGGAUGGCAACAAAGACCUUGCUUUCCAACGUCCAGCAGCUGAUCGGUCAUCCAGAAGAACUUCCCUUUCAGCCCACUUUGAAGCAGGAGGAUCCGCAGCCCCCUCACAUUAAAGAUGAAGAAGAGGAUACAGAGUCCCCCCACUUUAAAGAGGAAGAGGAGGAACUCUGCAUCACUCCGGAGGGGGAGUGUCUUCAAGGGCCGCAGCAAGCUGGUUUCCCUGGGUUCCCACUGACUGUUGUCUCUGUGAAGACUGAAGAUGAUGAAGAGAAACCACAAGUAGACAACCUCUUAGCGCCACUAUCAGAUAGUGAGGCUGAAGACGAGGUUGAAGAACCUUUGAGAAGCGAUACAGACUGUGAUGGUGAUAUGAGGACUCACGCUGACAACAAACACUCUAAAUGCUCUAAAAAGAAGAGAGGUAAAAAUUGUUUCAGCUGCUCAGUUUGUGCUAAAAGCUUUUCUAAAAAGUCCAAUUUCAGUCGACACAGGAGAACGCACACAGGCGAGAAACCAUUUAUUUGUCCCGUUUGUGGUAAAAGCUUUUCUCAAAAGAGCCAUUUGUCUGAACACACCAAAACACACACAGGGGAAAAAAUAUUUAAUUGUUCAUUUUGCGACAGAGGUUUCUCGCAAAACAGCAAUUUGACCAAACACAUGAGAACGCACACGGGAGAAAAACCUUUCAAUUGUUCAGAUUGCGGUAAAAGCUUUUCCAAAAAGAGCAAUUUGACUGAACACAUGAAAAUACACAAGGAAGAAAAACCUUUCGAUUGUUUGUAUUGUGGCAAAAGCUUUUCGAAGAAGGGAAAUUUGACCGAACACAUGAAAAUACACACAGGAGAAAAAACAUUCCAUUGUUCAGUUUGCGAUAGAAACUUUUCUCAAAAAAAGGUUUUGACCGAACACAUGAGGACGCACACAGGAGAGAAACCAUUCAAUUGUUCAGUUUGCGAUAAAAGCUUUUCACAGAAAAGCACUUUGACCAAACAUAGCAGAACACACACACAGAAUGAAACACCUUAAAUGUGUGGCCUGCAGGGGGCAGCGGUGUUCGUGCCUGCAGAGUUAGAGCCAGAACAAGUUAGAACAAGUGACUGAGGAAGCGUUGCAGUGGUUUGCUUUUUGCUUUUGCCUCGCUCGCGUCUGUAUGCCACACAACUGUUUUUCUGGAUGCAAAUAAAAGUCUGACUUGUUCAUAGUCAUCCU